CCAGAGGCGAUCAGAACGACCAGAUACCUCUUCGUUUUUGCAUUGAGUUCCAUUUUGCAAUUGAGUUUUCUUUUGUUUUUUCUUUUUUCUUUUUUCCCCUUCUUCUUCUGAUCCCUUUGCAGAAUGGAUUAUUUUCCCGUGAUCUUCUCUCUGCUGUUUGUGGCUUUCCAAGGAGCUCCAGAAACAGCUGUCUUGGGAGCAGAACUCAGCACUCAAGCUGUGAGCGAAGUGCAGAGCCCCCCUCCCAGCACAUCCUGGAGACCCCGAAGGUCCAAGCGCUGCUCCUGUUCUUCCUUGAUGGACAAGGAGUGUGUCUAUUUCUGCCACCUGGACAUCAUCUGGGUCAACACUCCCGAGCGCGUCGUCCCAUAUGGACUGGGAAGCCCUUCCAGGUCCAAGCGUUCCUUGAAAGACUUACUACCCACAAAGGCCAUGGAGCAGGGGAAUAGAUGUCAGUGUGCUCACCAAAAAGACAAGAAGUGCUGGAAUUUCUGCCAAGCAGGAAAAGAACUCAGAGCCCAAAGUACCAUGCAGAAAGGCUUAAAAGACUCCAAGAAGGGAAAACCCUGCUCCAAGCUGGGAAAGAAGUGUCUCUAUCAGCAGCUGGUGGAAGGAAGGAAACUAAGAAGGUUGGAGGCCAUCAGCAACAGCAUCAAGACAUCUUUUCGUCUUGCGAAGUUGAAAGCUGAGCUCUAUAGAGACCAGCAGUUGACACACAACCGGGCGCAUUGACUACAGAGCUCCCUGGUGUUUUGGAAGCCAUCCCUUAUAUAGAGCGAGCCCCAUGGCCAACUCUGCUCUCUCCAUGCUGGCUGGGAUCUUAGCAAGAACAUCUGUUCGGCUUCUACGGGGUUUUUGUUCAGACUGGCAGAGGCCCAGCAUCCUUGUUCCAAACAUUCCAAGAAAGGUUGAGGUGUUCCCUAACCUGUCUUCGUUUGCGUCCGCUGGUAGCAAGUGCUUUUCUGCCUCUUCUUGCUGGUUGGGAAUGACUGUGGACCUCUCAGAGAGCAGAGACAUCAUGCCGUUCUAGAGUGGCAUGGUCCAGAAAGCCUGGAGAUUCCAUGGCAGGGCGGAGUUUCUGUAGAAAGUCCUUAGGGAGUGUUCGUGUCUGACUCAGGCGCCUGGCACAUUUCAGGGAGAAACUCCAAAGUCCAUGCAAAAAUUUUUCUGAGGAAUGCACAAAUUGAAAACAUACCCCAAGGACAAACACUUGCGUUUAUUAAAAAAGAGAGAGAGAAAAAAGAGAGAG